CAACAACACAUAUUGAACAAUUUCACCAGCAAUUCAAUGGCAGAUUUGGAGAGCCCAAAUGUGAUGCCCAAACUCAUCACCUUCCUCUCUACUCUGCUCCAAAGGGUGUCCGAAUCAAACGAUCUCAACCCUCUAUUCCAAUCACAGAAAAUCUCUGUUUUUCAUGGCCUAACUCGACCCUCCAUAUCAAUCCAGAGCUAUUUAGAGAGAAUUUUCAAGUACGCGAAUUGUAGUCCGUCGUGCUUCGUUGUUGCCUACAUUUAUCUUGAUCGGUUCGCUCAGAGACAGCCCUCAUUGCCCAUCAAUUCAUUCAACGUUCAUCGGUUGCUCAUCGCCAGUGUCAUGAUCUCUGCAAAGUUCAUGGAUGAUAUGUACUACAAUAAUGCUUAUUAUGCUAAAGUUGGAGGAAUCAGCACAACAGAGAUGAACUUUCUUGAAGUGGAUUUCCUAUUUGGAUUGAGCUUCCACUUAAACGUGACCCCAACGACUUUCCACACAUACUGUUCUCACCUACAGAGAGAGAUGAUAUUGCAGCCUCAUCUAGAUUUAGCAGAAUCUUCCUUAAAUAUUGGAAGGUCACCAAAGCUGCACUUGUGUUUCAAUGAAGAUGAAGCCUCCUCCCAUCAACAACAACAGCCACAACUAGCUGUUUAAGUACUUAGCUUUUCAACCUCCAAAUGUAGUUAGAAAUAGAGAGAUCCUCUCUCGGUCGGCAAUAGUAAGGUCACUACUCCUUUGUGACCUGAGGUCACGGGAUCAAAACCGGAAAUAACCUUUUCAUAUGGAGGUAAGGUUGCAUACAUUUUUAGGUCAUGGGAUCGAAACUAGAAACAACGUUUUCAUGUGGAGGUAAAAUUGCGUACAUUUGACCUUUCCCAGACCUGUAGUGACGAAUUUACCAUGUGUAGUGCGUACAUUUCCUUUUUUUUUUCUUUUUUUUAAUCUAAUUUUUUUUGGGCUGAUCUGGACUUGAGAUCAAUUAGCAUUUAUACAGAUGGGUGUCUGUGCUUUACAGUCUGGCUAUCAAAGUAUGUUAAUGUCAAUGAAAGAUACUUGUCCACUUUUGUUUUUUAGCAGUGACACUAAAGUUUUCUGAUGGCUAUGUUGUAACUGAGGAGGCCCAUCUGGAAUGGAAAAUGAGUGGUGACUGGUUAGUGAAAGGUCCCCUUUGAUGCUAUGUUUGGUGUCUAAAAGCAUUUUGUGUGCACAAAAAGUGAUGAUACAGUGUUGUGGUUAUUUUUGGCAGUUAGAGACAAUUUAUGCUGUUUGACAGUUGUAUUUGAUUCUUGGGUGGGAACAUGGAACAUGUGCAUUCGUGGACAACUAGUUGGAUGGAGCAUGUGCCAACUUGAACAUGAGAGAAAUUAUCUUUUAUUUGUUCA